GGCUUCUCACUACUCAAAAUAAAAUAAAGAGCUUUGACAUUGUGCUUUGUGUUUGGCACUCAGUGUUACUAAAUCCAACACAAAAGGAAAAUAGAAAUGGUGAUGGUUGUAUCAAUGGAGGAUACAAAGAAACAAGAUAAAUUACAAGCAGUAUGGUUUGCUGCUGGUGUGGCUGCUUUAAUGGCAUGUUUAGAACGUGCAAUAUUAGUUUCCUUUGUAGAACAGUGGCGAGUUAUAGCGUUUAUUGCUCUUAAUCUCUUACUUUUAGCAAUUCUUUUCACAUCUAGAACUACUCCAACAACUCCAAUAGUUGAAACAAGCCAAGAAAGCAUCAGCAGCAACACUACUGAAUCCAAGUUUGAGGAAAGGGAGGUGAAAGAAUGCAAGAAACAUUUGGUGCCUUGUGUAGAAGAAGUAUCAGAAGAAGCAAUCACAAAGGAUGUCAAAGAAGAAUAUACAACAGACAAGAGGGAAAAUAGAGAAGAAGAAUUACAUGAUUCAAUGGAUGAGCCUCAGCAGAUUUCAAUGGAAGAAUUGAAUGAAAGAGCAGAGGCAUUUAUAACAAUGUUCAGACAACAUUUAAUAUCUGAUGCAAAGGCUUAUAGUUAUAGCAAAAGCUGCAGAAUUCGAACUCCAAUUUCACUCAAAGGAGGUGACAAAAUCUUUUCAAAACAUAGACCCAUUUAUUAAUUAGGUCAACUAUUCUAGUUGAGAAUAAAAAAAUCAAGGUGGUUCUUUUCAUUCAAAAGCAUUUUCCUUGUGUAAUGCUAAAGAUUUUCUGAAUAGAAAGACCUAUCUUGAUCUUUAGUUAACAGUUACACUUUUUGGGCUACUAUUUUCUUAUAGCUUUAGCAGCAACCAAGCUUUUCUGUCGUUGUUCCUAGAGGCGAAUCCAGAAUCCAGAGAUAGUAAAUUCAUAAUGAGUGUGAUUU